UUCCAAAUUCGAUUGAAAUCUCCAUCUUCAGCUCCGAAGGACAGAAAGAGGAGAGAGAAAGCAGAAUGCAGAAGAGAGAACAGGGCAAGUCCGGUGGAGCCUCGGGCGGAGCCACCGCGCCUCCGGCUAAGAGAGGCCGUCCUUUCGGCAGCACCAGCAGCAGUGCCGCCGCCGCAGCAGCAGCCGCCGCCGACACGGCCGCUCCUUCCACUCUUCUCGGCCCCUCUCUCCACGUCCACAGCUCCUUCGCCGAUCAGAACAACAAAAGGAUAGUACUUGCUCUUCAGAGUGGAUUGAAGAGUGAGCUACUAUGGGCUCUGAAUACUCUCACGCUACUCUCUUUCAAAGAAAAGGACGAUAUGCGUAGAGAUUCAACUCCACUGGCAAAAAUUCCUGGAUUGCUUGAUGCUCUUCUCCAAGUUAUUGAUGACUGGCGUGAUAUAUCAGUUCAAAAAGACCUCACAAAGUCACCGAGGGUAAGAAAUUUAGGUGCGAAUUCUUUUGUGACAGGAUUUGGGAUUGAGUAUGAUGCAUUGGGCUCGAAUGGAAAUCUCCAACAUUUUGGCUUGGGAUCUGGUUCAUCGCUUACGGAAGCAUCACCAAAUAAUGUUACUAAACUUCAUUCUGCGGAGUGGUGGACCAAUGAAGAUGGCUUGUUUAAUGUAGAUGAUGAGGGGCGAGCGGAAAAACAGCAGUGUGCUGUUGUUGCUUCAAAUGUUAUCCGUAACUUCUCUUUUAUGCCAGAAAAUGAAGUUAUUAUGGCCCAACAUCGGCAUUGUUUAGAAACAGUGUUCCAGUGCAUAGAAGAUUAUGUCACAGAGGACGAGGAACUUGUCACGAAUGCUCUUGAGACGGUUGUAAAUUUGGCUCCAUUGCUUGAUCUCCGGAUUUUUAGCUCAUCAAAGACCUCCUAUAUCAAGAUAAAAGAGAAGCGUGCAGUCCAAGCUAUCAUGGGGAUGCUAGGAUCUACAGUCAAAGCCUGGCAUUGUGCAGCAGCUGAGUUGCUUGGGCGUUUGAUAAUAAAUCCUGAUAACGAGCCUUUCCUUCUUCCAAUUGUUCCGCAGCUACACAAGCGCUUGGUUGAUCUUGUGAGUUUCCCGGCAUUUGAUGCACAAGCAGCAGCUGUUGGUGCACUUUACAACCUCGCAGAAGUAAACAUGGACUGCCGUUUGAAACUUGCUAGUGAGCGAUGGGCAAUAGAUCGGCUACUAAAGGUCAUCAAGACACCUCAUCCCGUUCCGGAAAUUUGCAGGAAAGCUGCUAUGAUAUUGGAGAGUCUUGUGUCUGAGCCGCAGAACAGACCGUUGCUGCUAGCUUAUGAGAGUGCCUUUGCGGAGAUAUUAUUCUCGGAUGGGAAAUACUCCGAUACAUUUGCCAGGAUAUUAUACGAACUGACAGCGCGACCAAACAGCAAAUUUUCAGCUGCUCGUGGUGUCUGGGGCAUGUAACUGAAAUUUGCGCCUUCAGGUGACGUGCUUUUGGUUUAUUAUAGGAACGGUGGAUUGGUAGUUAGCUAGUACAUCUAGGUUCUUAUUUGUAUUUGUAGAUGCAGCUAACUCAAGUACCAGCGUUUCAAAUUGCCGGUAAUCAUAUUUCCCUCUCUAUUGUAUUAUUUUACCGGAUAGUGUAUUUAUAAAAACCCUCUAAGCGAUGUUGUUGCCAUGGUGUUUCUGUUUCAAUUUCAA